UAUCAGUUCGAUUUGAACAGCUCGACUGAUAGGUUGAACGCGAAAUCGGCUAGUAAAAGCGAGUGCAGUCGUUGACAAAAUUAUUUACAAUUUUUUUUUUCUAUAUAAAUUUUGUAAAGUAAAUGAAUAAAAAAAAAAAUUAUUCUCACACCAUAAUUUGAGAUUGAUUUUUUUGCUUAUAAAACUAAUAAAUAUAAAAUAAAUUAAUUAAUUAAAUUUUCUAUUUAACAUUGAAUUAAUUAUGCAUACAAAUAUGCGGAAAAUAUGCAUAGCGGUUGUUGUUGUGUUAUUGUGCAUUGCAGUGAAAUAUUCACAAGCUAAUUCAAGUAUACGCACAUCUUCCGGAUUGGACACAAAUCAGAAUCACAAUAGUGCAAUUCCUGAUGAUGAUGAAAAUUCGCGCCCAGAUAGUUUUGCAUUGAAGUAUGGACGAAUACUACGCAGUGAUGAGUUUGAACGAUUUGAUAAAAGUUUACAACUCGUUCAAGGCGAACGAUGCAUGUUGGAUUUGAAUGCAACACUAUGGGGUGUAGUUCAUGAGGAGCAAUGGGCUGUUGCUAUGUACGAUGCCUCUGCCAAAGGAAUAUCAGGCGUUGAAAAUGGUUUGGUAUAUCAAUUUGGUCAUUACGAUCAAUGCCUUGAUCUCAAUAAACAUGUGGAAGCUGAUGAAUUGAAUGGUAUUUCAAUCAGGUCCAAAUAUUGUUUAGCUGAAGUUAAAUUGGAUGGUCUUCAAAUACAAAAAAUGGGUUCAAGAAAGAUUAGGUCUGGAAAUUCAACUAUAAUACAUUGGGGUGCAUGUAUCCCAGCUUCGUGUAAUGCCAAAGAUGUUGGAAUAUUUUUAGAAAGUUUUCUUCAAAAAUCAGUUAAUGUCGAUGAAAAUAUGUGCCAAAUUGGCAAACAUGAAAUUAUUGCAACAAAGGAAAUGAUCAUUUAUGCAUCUGUGGUGCUAUUCUUUGUAACGUUAGCUAUGCUAAGUACCUUCUACCACAUCUAUCAACUUUAUGUCAACAGAAAUGAACACAAAAGACCUAGAAUCGAUACUGCCCUCAAAGCUUUUUCAAUUAUUGAAAACCUCAAGAAAUUAGGUCAAAGCAGUAAGGAUCAAAUGGGCUUAAAUGCAAUCAAUGGAAUCAAAGCUCUCGCUAUGAUAUUCAUCCUUGGUGGGCAUGCCUUAUCAUUUAUAUACAGUGGACCAGUUUACAAUUCAGGCUUUAUGGCUGAGAACCUCCUGCAAGUUCAAAAUGCAGUUCUAACAAAUUCCCUACUAUUCGUUGAUAUUUUCCUCUUCCUGAGUGGUUUUCUCUUCUGUAAAAUUCUUCUCAUCGAAUUGGAAAGACGUCGAGGAAAUGUCAAUGUAGCCAUUCUCUAUGUUGGUCGUUAUAUUCGUUUGACACCAUCUUAUAUGGCUGUUCUUGGUUUUUAUAUGACUUGGUUCAGUACAAUGGGAAAUGGUCCAAUUUGGCAGAGUACAAUUGGAUUGGAACAAGAAAGAUGUCAACAAUCUUGGUGGCUUAAUAUUUUGUACAUAAAUAAUUAUGUGGGAACUGAUAAUUUAUGCAUGUUCCAAUCUUGGUACUUAUCGGUGGACACCCAACUCUUCUUUUUCGCACCGAUCGCCAUUUUGUUCCUACAUAAAUCUCGAAGAUUUGGAUUCCAAUUUCUUCUAAUUGUAUUGGCAGUGACUGUGGCUAUUCCAUUCACGAUCACCUAUGUUAACAAACUUGAUCCAACCCUGAUGGUCUACGCAGAUGAGGUACAAGACUUUGCCAGCAACAAAUUCUACACUGGAUCCUACAUAAAGACCCACAUGCGAGCAACUGAUUAUGUUAUUGGUAUUCUAGCUGGAUUUAUAGUACAUCUUAUGCAAGAAAAAAACACCAAAAUUCCAAAACUCUACACAAAAAUCCUUUGGGUAGCUUCGAUUGUUGUUGGAACACUUUCAAUGUUCUCCAUAACCCGAUUCUACACUAGCCCAUUUACAGUACUUGAAAGUUCCCUGUAUGCUGCAUUCCAUAAAGUUGGUUGGGGUCUAUGCAUUGGAUGGUUGGUAAUAGCGGUAACUACAGGACAUGCUGUAUAUCUUCAGAAAUUCCUGGCUUGCCGAGUUUUUGCUCCAAUUAGUCGAUUAACGUAUUGUGCUUAUUUGUGCAAUGGUAUCGUGGAGCUUUACCAUGCAAGUGACAUAAGAUUUCCUCAUUACUUAAGCAGAGUUGAUAUGUUCCAUAAAGCUACAAUGCACUCUUUAGACACAUUUGCACUAGCUCUAAUAGUGUGUCUUCUUUUCGAGUCACCAAUUCAUGCUCUAGAAAGGAUACUCUUCAAAACAUUUAGUAAACCAUCUCAACCAAAAGGAAGCUCCUCAACACCAAGCACCUCAGAAGAACAAAUAGCGUAGUAGGAGCAUUAUAGGCAAUUUAGUUACUUUUUUUGUUGAAAAACUCGGGUGAUAGUUCUUUGGUCCUAUUUAAAUACUAGUAUUGAUGAUUCCAAAAAAAAAAAAAAUAAACCAAGAACAAGAUAUUAAAUUGGUUCCAGAAAGAAAAAAAGAAGAUUGUCUGAACAAAAAAAAAUCCUUGAUCCUUGCCUUUAGUUGGAGUGUGAGUCUGAAAAGCAAAUCAUUGUUGAAUUUUGGUUGAAUCAAAAUGAUCUUCUUAUUUAAGAUAUUUUUUUUUAGGUUAAG